AUGCGUUUAUUGUGGAGCGUCGACGAUGGCAGCGCUGCAGUAAAUGACAACGGUGCUGGUGAUAAUGGCGAUAACAACACGAUAACUGGAGAUCUAUUUGACUGUGUUGAUAUGUAUAAGCAACCGGCAUUUGACCAUCCUUUGUUGAAAAAUCACACUCUUCAGUUAAAACCAAGUAGUCUUCCAAAAGGAAUGAAGCUUGCAAAAUCUAAACCAGCGUCUUUUUAUGGAUUCAAUGAUACUUGUCCUUCUGGCACCGUUCUCAUCCAUCGUACUCAGAAACAACAUUUAAUUGAGUCUAAACUCUUGAGAACCCAAUUUAGAGAACACGUUGUAGAUGACGACCAAAUUGUGGAACGAAGUCAUUUUGCAAUAAUUGAAACUCCACCUGCUCAAUUUUAUGGAGUAUAUGCAAAAAUUGCGACUUAUAAACUUCCAGAUCUACAAGCUAGUCAAACAUCAUCCAGUAGUAUAUUUCUUUAUGACGAUGCAAAAUCUCCAACCAAUAUGAUCAUAGCUGGUUGGCAAGCUUCACCCGUCAUUUAUGAAACCAGUUAUCCUCGAUUUUAUAUUUACUGGACUGAUUCUAUAACAGGGAAUUGGUGGAUUACAUAUAAUGAUGAGUUACCUCUUGGAUAUUUCCCCAAGGAAUUGCUUCCAAAGAUGAAUGAUUAUGUUAACUUGGUUCAAAUGGGUGGGGAAGUUAAGUCUCUCUCGAAUGUGCCAAGCCCUCCGAUGGGCAGUGGCCAUCCAAGUAAUGAAGGACCUAAUAAAGCUGCUUAUUUCAUUGAAAUUCAAUUUCUUGAUCAGUCGAAUAAUUGGUUUGUUUUGAAUCCUGAGUCUAUUUUGACUAGCGUUGAUAUCGGUGAUUAUUAUGAUAUAUCGGAUAAUCAGUAUGUAGAUGAUAAAUAUGUUUUUGCUUAUGGAGGAGUUGGAGGUUUCAAAUAA